AUGGAGGUUGCGAUCAGUUCCAAGCUACGGGAGGAUACAGAUGUGUUAAAGGAAUCACCGACAGAGCCGAUAGAACUUCUCCCACAUCAAGGUCAAUCAUCCACAGGGGUAAUCGAUAUCCGAGAUAGUGGUGCUGCUUCUGCUGCAUGUGACCGUGGUGCUGGUGUUGAAUCAUUCUCGUUCUCCACGCAAGUAAUGACUCCAAUGAUCGAACCGGCCACAUAUCCUCCUCCCAUGGAAUCUACCAACAUAUCACGUGUUGCCGAAUUCACGGCAGUAAGCGUGUCCAAUAUGGCAGUCAGUGUGAAUAGUACAGAUAAAUUGAAUCACGUGACUUCCAAGGAUCUUUAG